AUGUAUUCUUAUAUUUUAUACUUUGUUCUGAUUUCUAUGACCGCGGCUGAUGAUAAUUUAAAAGUUGUUAAAUAUGAAAACUCUGUAGACACAAUCGUGAAGGACCUAAUCGGCAGCUGGCAGUCACCAAUUGUUUACCUGAAAAGUCGCGGGUACCUGCCAAACGACAUGCAGGAGGCACCCGAGAUGGAUUUCGAACAGCUGCAGGGUAAUUUAGACUUGCUGGUGCCAAUAAAGGAAUCAAAUAAAGACUCCCUGGAGUUUAAGCGGCAGGCAGCAAGUGUCCAAGAAAACGGCCCAGUGAUAAAAGCCAAAAUUUCGGAAUCAAAGGUUCAAGGAGUGGCUCCGGAAACUGUCACCGUUAAAGAGACGAAAUUAUUGGAUUCUGACAGUCUACGUCCAGCGAGGUCCUUCGAAAAUGUGCGAGAUAAUGAAUUGAAACAAAUGUUUCAAAACUUGUUCUCAACAAACGAUGAAAAUGUAUCCAAUGAAAUCAAAUCCAAGCUGGAUGUGACUUGGGACAUGGAUUCCAUCAAGCACUCAGCUCGCCAGGGAGCAAUGAAGUAUCUGGACAAGUUCAACAGCAAGCGGGCUCAACAGGGCUCCCUGCUGUACAACGAACCCAUAGAUAUCUCAGUUUCUAAGGAAGUAUCCCAGAACUAUCCCUCGCUGGUGCCAAGUAAACUAACUAGAAAGAGUAACAUGCCCAACUACUUUAAGGGGGUGGCCAAGAUCAUGGGCAGCUCUGAGCUAAGGAACAAGGAGAAGCCCGUGCAUCAGGCUUUCCAUCGAAAGCAGAAACAUUGAAUUGUAUUAAUUAAAGUUAACGUUAGUUGUGAAA